UGCUCAUCAGUGCCACAUGCCAGUGCCCAUCAGUGCCACAUGCCGGUGCCCAUCAGUGCCACCCAUCAGUGCCAGUCAGUGCCUCCUAUCAAUGCCAAUCAGUGCCACCUAUCAGUGCCAGUCAGUGCCGCCUAACAGUGCCAGUCAGUGCCACCUAUCAGUGCCAGUCAGUGCCGCCUACCAGUGCCAUAUAUCAGUGUCAUGUAUCAGUGCUGCCUUUCAGUGCCCAUCAGUGAUGCCUGUCAAUGCCCAUCAGUGC